AUACAAAUUGCUUUGUGUAUGAGGUUAAGUAUAUUUUGAUCGGUAUUAUCAGUAAUAUUGUCUUGACUACGCGUGCAUGCAAUUUGGGAAGUAUUUUUAACCGAUGUCUGCAUACGAUCCAUUCAGUGUUCAUAAUGGAGGUACUCAUACUUUCAAUGGGACAGAGACUAUCAGUCGGAUGGUGGUGGAUGGAAAUUAUAUUGAUGGAUCUUGGGAAUUAUCUGUUCGCGUUGAAGACAUAAACACAAAUGUUUCAGUACGUGUUUCGGGUGAUCUACCACUGGGUGGUUUGAUGCAUCUAAUUGUCGAAAAAGUGAAGUUACAGCAAAGUUGGUCAGAUCAUGCAAUAUGGUGGGUCGAUAGAAAUGUAUGGCUUUUGCAGAGCCGGACAACAUUGGAUCAAUAUGGAAUUCAGUCGGAUGCUAGAUUGGUGUUUCAUCGUAUGCAUAACGAUGUUCAAAUUGUUUUACCCUCUUUAACUCCUCUAGUACUUCGUGUCAAUUAUGCCGCCCGGUUGUUUACUGUGGUUCGGGAUAUAUGUAAAGAACUAAACAUACGACAUUCGGAGGAAUUAUCUUUAACACUUCCUAUCACUAAAAAUAUGCUUAAAACAAAUUGCCCAUUACCGACUAUUCGUCCAGGCUUACGACGUCCUGGUUUGCCCAAUCCAAGAAAUGAUCAGUCUUCUGUUAAAUCGAAGUUCCCCUCACCUGCGUCUUCAAUUUAUCCUACAGUUGAUGGACAAAAAAUUAAUCCGUAUAACACAUUGAAUUCAAAUGCUGGUACAAUAAUGCGAUUUAAAUCUGAUAACUCGUUAGAUCAAGAAAGACUUGAUUUCGCUCGCUAUGCUGACUGUUCAUUGAGACGUUCUGCAAAAGCAGUGUUUGCCGAUAGCUGGUUAAUGAAACCCAAGAAUUUAGUUCAAAAAGCACGGCUCAACAGUGGAUGGUUAGACUCAUCUCGGUCACUUUUAGAACAAGGGAUUAAACCAUCAUCUUUGGAACCCGAUAAUCCAUCUAGCCCUCCAACUUUAUAUCUGUGCUUCAAAUAUUUCACUUUCUACGAUGUUAUUUUGAAAUAUGACGCUGUUCGUAUUCAUCAGCUUUAUGAACAAGCUCGGUGGUCUCUUCUGUCUGGCCAGUUUGAUUGUACAGAGGAUGAGAUGGUUGUUUUUGCCGCCUAUCAGCUCCAAGCCGAGUUACAGUCUGCUGCUGUCAAUCAGCAGUUAUGUAUCACAAACUUCCCAGAUAUGAAUAAUACAAAUCCUUAUUCAACUUUAGGUGCUUGUACAACUGUGAGUUCUAAUUAUGUAAAUCGUAGUCCAGUUCAUGCUACUUCGAGUCCCGACUUGGCAAAAAAACACUAUCCGCUUUAUAAUAGUGGUGGGUCAGUUUCACAGUUACCUCGGAAUUUAUCUCCAAUCGGUUCAGCUUUGGUGGAUGAAAUACCGAGUAAUUUACAUAACGUAGGUGGUGUAGACGAAGUAGAUGAACUCCUGUCAGAACUGGAACAAUCGUGUGGAGUUGCCGACGAGUCUGAACCAGUAUCACGUACUCUACAAAAUGCGAUUCGACCAACUGGCCAUGAUAUGACGGAUACUUCUGAAGUACCGAGUCUUGAAGGUUCGAUUAAAGUAUUCCGAGAUCGCUCUCGCCUCCUAAAACGUUACAAAGCAUACUGGGCUGUUAUUGUAGAAGCUCGUCUGUAUUUAUUCAAAAAUAAAACACAAACAAAAGAAUGCUUAGCUGAAUAUUCACUUCGCGAUUGUACAGUCAGUUUUGAUGUGAGUGUUGCACAUCAAAAAUACAUAAUCAAACUAUCAGUUCCUUCUAUAUUGGAUCAAAAGACAAGUAAUGGUUCUCCUCUCACUCCUUCGGGUAACUCCUCUACACCUAGGGAAUUAUGCUCUACGCGAGAAGAAAUAUGGUUGAAGUUUGAUUCAGGUGAACAAUAUGCUUGUUGGUUAGCUGCAUGUCGUCUUGGUUCUAGGGGGAAAACAUUGGCAAGUAAGGUAGCCUACAGUAAAGAAGUUGAAGCUACGUUAGAAUUACUCAAACUUCAGAUGCCUGGACCGUCUCCAGUUAUGUCACUUUCAGAAUCCACAGCCUAUUUGGGUGAUUUGACAGAUUUCUGUAAUGAACGUAUUAUUCGAAAGGCACGUUCUAAAGAUACUCUAAGACAACGUAUCAUUGAAGCUCAUGUAAACAUUCGUGAUCUUGGUUUAUUAGAAGCUAAAUAUAAAUUUAUUCAAACCUGGCAACGACUGACUGAAUUUGGUCGAAGUUACUUUAUUGUACAGUUUGAACGUGGGUUACUAGGAUUGCCAAAUACGAAUGGUGGAGGGUUAUUCAGUACUCCAAUGGAUGAUAUUAUAGCCAUCUGUCAGGGUCGUAUUGAGGUUGUUUCUCCACAAACAGGCGAAGUUUUGUUAACUUGGAAUUUUUCUGAUCUACGUUCAUGGAAUGUUAAUUGGGAUGCUGAAAAAGUCAUUUUAGAGUUUCGCAAUUCACAGGUAGCAUUUCGACCAUUGUCGACCAACUGUAAGACAAUCGUAGAAUUUAUUGGUGGGUACGUAUUUCUUAGUCAGCGCAAUUUAGAAAAAAGUCAAGAAGUUAAUGAACGUCUAUUUCAUCGUUUAACUGGUGCAAAUGAUUGAGUUCCUGAUUGUUCGUUAAUAUCUAGAUAUAACAUAUACUGUUGCUUAAUUUCACGUUUAUCACUUUCACACUCAUUUUAUUGUCGCUUCCAACAAAGGGGAAUCUGAAAAUAUUUUGGUGACUUUUACAUUCUCAGUACCAUCAGUUCAUUUGAUUAGACAAACACAGGAUUGGAUUUAUAUUCUAUUUCAAAGACUUCUAUUUUCUACAUAAAUUCUCAAGUAAGCUAUUACCUUCAUUAUUAUCUGGCACUGCUAAAUGUGAGAUUUUUUUAUUGUUGCUAUCGUCUAAUCACCAUUAUUAUCGUUAUUGUUAUAACUAUUAUUAUUAUUAUUAUUAUUAUUAUUAUUAUUAUUAUUAUUAUUCAUUUCAAAUUCUGAUCAAUGAUUGAAGCUUUUUCUGUGUUCACUUCUCACAGUUGAAUUUAUUUCGUUUUUUUCCCUCUCCAGUUUAACUGUCAGUAUUACCACUGUACAUUGAACAAAGUACUAUGUGGAAUUUAAAUAAUAGUAUUAAAUUCUAAUAAUUAUAUUCCAUAGUCUUUCAGAAUAAGCUUUGCACUUUUCUGUAAUUUUAAAUGUUGCCUUAUUGAUUUUAUGAGUAUAUUAUGUUUGUGUUUAUAUAUCCAUAUGUGUUUUUAUGUCUAUCGUAUUUUAAAGGCGAUACCUAUGCAUGUAUAUGGAUGAAUUAAUCUAUCGUUUAGCAGCCGCUAUUUUUAAAUUGCUUUCUUUUGCAAGCAUUUCUCCAUUUGGCUAUAUGUUGGUCUGUUCGAUACAAGAAGUGAAGCAACGUCACUAACACUAUCCUAUUAAAUAGAAAAAGUAAUUAAUGAUUAAUUUAUGAAUUUUUCUCAUUAACAUACUAAUGUAUUUUGAUUUACUUUAAAUGGACAAAAAUGACUGACUCCUUUUUCUUCAAGCUUUAUAAGUCAGCAUAUGUUGCUCUUGGAUUUUAGUUUAUGUUAUGGUGGUUUUAUGCGAUAAUCUUGUGUAUUUUAAUAUAUAUGGUAAUAUUGCUAUUGAUAUUCUUACAUGUAUUUGCUAUGGUAUUUGGAUUGUUUUAAAAUAAAGUAAGUCCGGAAGAUUA